CGUCAUUUGGCUGUGCUCCCCUUGCUCGGGGAGGAGGGAGGACCUGGCGGAGGAAACAACAGUGGAACAGGGCUGCGGCUCGGAGAGACAAUGCGCGCCUCUGUUCCCCUGCUAGCCCCCUCUUCCCAUUCUGCUCCAGAAUAACAAUAAUGUUUUCUCAGACGAGCCUUUUUGUGUCAGGGAUGGCUCUGGACUGUGACAUAGAGCUGCGAUAACAACGAGUGACAUUGUUUCUGCUGCAGCAGGUGGAGGCGGAAUAAAGGAAAGAGAGAGUGUGGUGGGGUUUGUUUUUUUUUUUUUGCGAGGACCCAGAGCCACCUAGGUCCAGGUCUAUGGAAAUGCAGGAUCUCGCCAGUCCUCACAGCCGAGUAAGUGGAAGCAGUGAAUCUCCUAAUGGUCCCAACCUCGACAACUCACACAUCAAUAACAAUUCCAUGACACCCAAUGGCACUGAAGGUGAUAACAUCACAAUGCUUACCACUGCAGACUGGUUGUUAGGUUCUAACUCACAGUCCGCUGCAGUUAAAACCGAGCCAAUGAGCAGCAGUGAAAUCGUCACCUCAGUAGCAGACACUUCUCUAGACAGCUUCUCAGGAUCAGCUAUUGGAAGCAGUGGCUUCAGCCCAAGACAAACUCACCAGUUCUCUCCACAGAUUUAUCCUUCCAACAGAACAUAUCCGCAUAUUCUUCCUACCCCUUCAUCCCAAAAUAUGGCUGCAUAUGGGCAGACGCAGUACACCACAGGAAUGCAGCAGGCCGCAGCUUAUGCGAGCUACCCCCAGCCUGGCCAGCCGUAUGGCAUCCCAGCUUAUGGUCCAUUGUGGGCAGGCAUAAAGACAGAGGGGGGUCUGAGCCAGUCCCAGUCCCCGGGACAGACGGGCUUCCUCGGCUAUGGCUCUGGAUUCACCACGCCACAGACAGGGCAGGCCCCCUACAGCUACCAGAUGCAGGGUGGAACUUUCACAACAACGUCAGGACUGUACGCGGGAAACAACUCCCUGACAAACUCAAAUGGAUUCAACAGCACACAACAGGAUUACCCGAGUUAUCCAGCCUUCGGCCAGGGCCAGUACGCUCAGUAUUACAACAGUUCGCCCUACACUUCCCCUUACAUGACAAGUAACAACACCAGUCCGAGCACACCGUCCACCACCACCACCUACACCCUCCAGGAACCACCGACCGCCGUCACGAGCCAGGCCCUCACAGACAACUCAGCAGCAGAGUACAGUACCAUCCACAGUCCAUCAACCCCCAUUAAAGAUUCAGAUUCGGAUCGAUUGCGCCGGGCCUCGGAUGGAAAGUCACGUGGCCGGGGAAGAAGGAACAACAACCCAUCACCGCCUCCCGACUCUGACCUUGAGCGAGUUUUCAUCUGGGACCUGGAUGAAACAAUCAUCGUUUUCCAUUCCUUGCUCACGGGUUCUUAUGCCAACAGAUACGGACGGGAUCCACCCACAUCUGUAUCACUAGGCCUGAGGAUGGAGGAAAUGAUCUUCAACUUGGCCGACACACACUUGUUCUUCAACGACUUAGAGGAAUGUGACCAGGUACACAUCGACGACGUGUCCUCCGACGACAAUGGCCAGGAUCUGAGUACGUACAACUUCGGCGCCGACGGCUUCCACGCAGCGGCGACCAGUGCCAACCUGUGUCUGGCCACAGGGGUGCGAGGGGGCGUGGACUGGAUGAGGAAACUGGCCUUCCGCUACAGACGAGUAAAAGAAAUCUACACCACCUACAAAAAUAACGUUGGAGGUCUGCUGGGACCAGCCAAAAGGGAAGCCUGGUUGCAAUUGCGAGCAGAAAUUGAAGCCUUGACGGACUCCUGGUUAACACUGGCACUGAAAGCACUAACAUUAAUCCACUCAAGGUCAAACUGUGUGAAUAUCUUGGUGACCACCACGCAGCUCAUCCCUGCCCUGGCUAAGGUCUUGCUCUAUGGCUUGGGAAUUGUCUUCCCCAUCGAGAAUAUUUAUAGCGCAACCAAAAUAGGGAAGGAGAGCUGCUUUGAGAGAGUAAUUCAGAGGUUCGGGAGGAAAGUUGUUUACAUUGUCGUUGGAGACGGCGUGGAAGAGGAGCAAGGCUCCAAAAAGCACAACAUGCCCUUUUGGAGGAUCUCCAGCCAUUCAGACCUCAUGGCCCUCCACCACGCUCUAGACCUGGAGUACUUGUAGCACUGCACCAACAAUCGUACACCCUGCUCCACCUCAGCACACCCUGCAACCUUUCACCUUCGCCCUCCAGCCCCAUCCCCAUGCUUUGCCGCAGACUCCACAGCUCAGAAAAAAAAAGAAGCCCCCCCCCGCGCGCUGCCUGGCGUCUGUCUUCCACUUCACAGGAAGGAAAGAAGAAGGUGAAUGGAAAAA